GCCAUGCAGCCAGGGAUAUAGCACUUAAGCUCCUUCCUGCCUCAUUUCCCCUUUCCUUCUGAGAAGACAGGAAGCUAGUGAGGAGUGGAGGGCUUCUUGUCCAACUACGAUUCAGAAGGAAGCUUAGCCACAGAACCUGUGAGUACUACUGUGGUAGAGAAGAACUUGUAGAGACAGGUCCCAGAGAGAUCCACCCUAGAUUUUCUUUUCAAAGGUAACUUCUUCAUCAUGUGUUGUAAGACCUUUCAAGUUCAGGAAGAAGCCAUGUGCUUCCUUCCUGAUCACCUGACCCAAGGUAUCCAGCAGGCUUCCUGUGAGCAAACCUGAGGCUUCACUACAAGAUGAGCCACAGGAGUAACACAGGACCUGUCCACAGGCUGAAACUUGUGAUUCUUCUAUUUGCCCUAAGUCCAGAACUUCUGUUCCUGGGAGCCGGAGUGAAGCUUCAAGACAAUGGGUACGAGGGAUUACUCCUUGCGAUCAAUCCCCGGGUACCCGAGAAUCUGAACCUGAUUGCAAACAUUAAGGAAAUGAUAACUGAAGCUUCUUUUUACCUGUUCAGUGCUACCAAGAGAAGGGUGUUUUUCAGAAAUAUACAGAUUUUAAUUCCUGCCACUUGGACAGCUCAUAAUUACAGCAGAGUCAAACAGGAAUCCUACAACAAGGCAAAUGUGAUAGUGACUGAGCAGCAUGGGGUUUACGGGGAUGAUCCGCAUACCCUACAACACAGAGGGUGUGGAAAAGAGGGGAAAUACAUCCAUUUCACCCCUAGCUUCCUACUACGUGAUGAGUUAGCAGCUGGAUAUGGCUCAAGAGGCAGGGUGUUUGUCCAUGAGUGGGCCCAUCUCCGCUGGGGUGUUUUUGAUGAAUAUAACAACGACAAGCCAUUCUACAUAAAUGGACGACAUGAAAUUCAAGCCACAAGGUGUUCGUCUGACAUAACAGGAGUUUUUGUGUGUGAAAAUGGCUUUUGCUCUCCUGAAGACUGCAUUGUUAGCAACUUUUUAAGGGAAGGUUGCACAUUCCUCUACAACAGCCAGCAGAAUGCAACUGGGUCAAUAAUGUUCAUGCAAAGUUUACCUUCUGUGGUUGAAUUCUGUAACGCAAGUACCCACAACCAUGAAGCCCCGAACCUUCAGAACCAAGUGUGCAGCCUCCGAAGCACUUGGGACGUGAUCACGGACUCCUCAGACCUGAACCACAGCCUCCCUGUGCCUGGGGUUGAGCUUCCACCCCCUCCCACAUUCUCCCUCAUGCAAGCUGGUGACAGAGUGGUGUGCUUGGUGAUUGAUGUGUCCAGGAAGAUGGAGGAGGCAGACAGACUCCUUCGACUACAACAAGCAGCUGAAUUGUACUUGAUGCAAGUUGUUGAAACUCAUACCUUUGUGGGCAUUGUCACUUUUGAUAGCAAAGGAGAAAUCAGAGCCCAGCUGCAACAAAUUAACAGCGUCGAUGACCGGAAGCUGAUGGCUUCACAUCUGCCUACUGCUGUGUCCACGGAAGCAGACACGAACAUCUGUGCAGGGGUUAAGAAAGGCUUUGAGGUGCUUGAGAAGAGGAACGGAAGAGCCGAGGGCUCUGUCCUGAUACUAGUGACCAGUGGAGCCGAUAAGCACGUUAACAAUUGCUUGCUCACCUCGAUGAGCAGUGGAUCCAUCAUUCACUCCAUUGCCCUAGGUUCUUCUGCAGUUGAAACAGUGGAGGAGUUAUCACAUCUCACAGGUGGUUUGAAGUUCUUCAUUCCAGAUACAUUUAAUUCCAACCGACUGACUGAAGCUUUCAGUAGAAUCUCUUCUGGAACGGGAGACAUUUUCCAGCAAAGCUUGCAGCUGGAAAGCAUGUGUGAGGUCGUGCAACCCCAGCACCGACUGACGAACCUUGUGACUGUGGAUACCGCUGUGGGCAAUGACACGAUUUUUGUCGUCAUGUGGCAGACCGGUGGUCCCCCUGACAUUGUUUUACUGGAUCCCAGUGGGAGAAAAUACAACACUAGUGACUUUGUCAUCAAUCUGGCCUUUCGCACUGCUAGCCUUAGGAUUCCAGCAACGGCUAAGCAUGGACACUGGACUUAUACACUGAAUAAUACCCACCAUUCUCCUCAAGCCCUGAAAGUGACAGUGGCCUCCCGUGCCUCCAGCCUGGCCAUGUCCCCAGCCACUGUGGAGGCCUUUGUGGAAAGAGACAAAACAUUUUUUCCUCAGCCUGUGAUAAUUUAUGCAAAUGUGAGGAAGGGUCUGUAUCCCAUCAUUAAUGCCACUGUGGUGGCAACAGUUGAGCCAGAGGCCGGAGGUCCUGUUGAGCUACAGCUUUUGGAUGAUGGAGCAGGUGCUGAUGUUAUAAAAAAUGAUGGCAUUUACUCCAGGUAUUUUUUCUCCUUUGCUGUAAGUGGUAGAUAUAGCUUGACAGUGCAUGUCCAUCACCCUCCCAGCGUAAGCACCCUAGCCCACUCUGUCCCAGGAAACCAUGCUCUGUAUGUUCCAGGUUACGUAGUGAACGAUAGUAUUAAAAUGAAUGCACCCAAAAAACCGAGCCACAGACAUGUGGAGGAGCAGUGGGGUUUCAAUCGAGUAACCUCUGGAGGUGUCUUCUCAGUGCUGGGGGUUCCCGCUGGCCCCCGUCCUGACAUGUUUCCACCAUGCAAAAUUACUGACCUGGAAGCUGUACAAGUGGGAGAGGAUGUGAUGCUCUCUUGGACAGCACCUGGAGAAGACUUUGAUCAGGGGCAAAGUACAAGCUAUGAAAUAAGAAUGAGUAAAAGUCUACAGAGCAUUCGAGAUGACUUUAAAAAUGCCGUUUCAGUGGACACGUCAGAGAUAAUUCCUCAGCAAGCUGGUGCUUGGGAGAUAUUUACAUUCUCACCCAAGCUUCUCACCAGUGAACUUGAACGUGAACCUGAUGAAGAAACACAAGAGACCUACAGAGUGUAUGUGGCCAUGAGAGCCAUAGAUCGAAACGCCCUCAAGUCAACUGUGUCAAACAUUGCCCUGGUAUCGUUUUUUCCUCAAAACUCUGCCCCUGUACAUAGCAGAGAUGGUCUGAUACUGAAAAGAGCUUUCAUAACAGUGGGUUUGAUAGCGAUCAUUUGCCUUAUUAUAGUUGUAGCACACUGUACUUUAAACAGGAAGAAGAGGGCAUUAAAGAGAGAAUGGAGCGAAAUUUCUAUGAACAAAUAUAUAUAGUACUUCCUUCUUAGAUACAAUGCCCGUGACAUUUAUUAAAAAAAAAAAAAAAAGCCAACAAAA